AUGUCUUCUGUCAUGUCCAACAAUUCUCCCUCGACAGCAGCGACCUCGGAGUUUUACGAUGACGCCCUACACACAAACACCGUCACGCUCAAAGUGCAAUGUGGAGGCACAAGCGGAACGGUCGAGACUCAGAUCGAAGCUCUGAAUGGCCGCUUGGACCAACUUAUCAGCGGCCUGAACUCCCUCAAGGGCGACAAUAUGGUGGCAGUCUCGGCCCUAUCGUCCAACAUGAUGUAUCUCGAGAAACAGACGGAGCUCAUGGUUUCGUAUCGCGAACAGCAAGAGACCGAGAGAGCCAAUUUCGAACAGAAAUUGGUGCAUAUGGUGGAGUCCGCAGUCGAGACUCAGUUUGAAAAACAGCAGGCCCGACUGGAUCGCGUCUUUCACGACCAACUGAACUCGUUUGGAGCAGCUCUGCUGAAAGAACAACAGCAGGCACUAGGAGAACAACAGACAUUGUACUCCUCUUGCAACAAUGAAAAUAUACAAUCAGGUGAAUCCACGCCCGCUCCAAUGCUCUCGCAAAUCAUGAAUUCAGUGCAAACCGUGGCUUCUGAAACACAAAUUCUGCGAGGAGAACUGGUCAUGGAAAUGAAAAUGUACCAGCAACAGCUCCUGGAGUUGAUCCAGAACAACCUGGGUUGCUUCCUUCAACAACUUGACGGUAUAGACACUCCGGUAGUGCCUCAGAAUCCCGACCUGACCUACCGGUCUCGUUUCAGUGACGCCUCUGGCGCCUCGGGAGGGACAUUUCGACACUACCCUUCUGAACAAGAUGACCCCAUCCAUUCAUUCACUUCAUUGGAAUCUCCACACAGAUUUGAAGAUCCCAUUUCUUCACCAAGCAACUCGGCCUGCCGACCUCGUGACUCAAACAUCUCCAAUGCUCUUUUCUCCAACCCCAGAACUCCACCCCGGGUGCCCAACAAAGAAGACAAGACCGCCUCCGAUAUCUCCAUGCAGGAUGCCAGCAACGGAAACAUGUCAACCAAUGGCUUUUUAGCCUCGUCCUCUGACCUCAACAUCUGCUCCGCCGUCACUCCGUAUGAUCCCGAUAAUGGUGGCCCUUCUGAAAUCUCCGAAAUGGAGAUCUUUGUCAGAAAUAUAACAACAAGGAAAUCAGAAGGAGGCUCUUUCCAAACCACUGAACAAGAUCGCAAGUUUCUCACCAAAGUGUCACGGCUGUUCAAGCCCAAAAGGUGA